UCAACAGCAUCUUUCGGCGUCCCGCGAGCUGUUUUUCUUUUCGUUACCGACCUCAACACCAAUUCUGCAAUGUAUCGUACGGUCAGAUAAGUUACGUAUUGUCGUCGCGAAGCGUGCUUAAUGUGCAGUGUCGUUGAAUUUAGGCUGGCAUAGCUCCGAAAAAGUUAACUUACGGGAAACGCUACCAAACCAACCAACUCUGGGAGUGAAAAAAUAACUAAUAGUAUCGUUCCAACAACGUGCCGAUCUCAAUUUAUUUCAUACCAAGAGUAAUGUUGGUAAUCGCUAAAAGUUGCCACAAUGAAGUUGUCUGAAAAUCUGCUUUGUGUUUUGUUGGCCUUCUGCUUCCAUCCUUUCCUGUGUUAUGGUAGCAUAGAGUCAGCCAAGAAAAAAGAAACUUUCCUUGAGCCAGGACGUGUGUUGACGUACACCCCGGAAGAAUGGAGCAUAUAUAAGCCGGGUUUGAUGAUUUACUGCUACGCCGGGCAACCGCCGACCUUGGUGAACGCUUUCUGCACCGUCUCCAUUCGACUGAACUGUGACCAUGAGAAUUUCAACCAGUACGCGGGCAGUGAUCCUGCCGAAGUUGAAGCGCACUGGAACGAAGACCAGAGCCUUUUCAGCUUCAAUGUGUUUGCCUCGAAGAAACGAAGGCAGGUCGAGCUGGAACCGUUCAACCAGAGCUGCCUUGGGAUCGUAUCAUCCGGGAAGUAUGAGAUCGAAGUACUGCUGAAUCGAUUCGAUCUGUGGCGAUUCGGAUUGCUCGCGCUCGGUGUACUACUGUUCUCGUCCGCUCGUUCCAUGAGCCAGAACGCACUGUUCUACUAUUCCGGCGGAAUCCUGGUAGGACUGGGAACGUUCGCAUUGGCCAUGGUGUACUUCUUCAGCAAGCUGAUGCCUUACCGACCCCUCAUGCUCGGCUUCAUGGUCGGCGGAUGGACGCUUGGCUUCUACGGAAUGCAGCUGUUGUACGAAAAUUUGCGUCUUAUCUUCAUCCAGUACCAGCACUACGUUUUCUGGUACAUGACCGUGGUGGGCUCCAUCAGUUUUCUCAUCUGUUACCGUCUUGGUCCACCUAAAGAUCCACGCAGUAAACAGGUCAUACAGUGGGGCCUACAACUAGUCGCGCUGACGUUGAUAUUCUUCUGCAGCUAUCAGCGAACGCUGUCGACCGCGCUGGUCUUGCUCGUCAUCAUCGGACACUACAUCUCCGUCCCAUUGAGCGCCCUUCGCUGGUUACGAAACCGUUUCCGCAAACGGUUUCCAGCUCGUCGAAGAUUGCUUACGGUGGAAGAGUUUGAAGAGCAGGGCCGCGUUGAAACGGAUAGGGCGCUCAAGGAUCUGCGAGAAUAUUGCCGAAGCCCGGAGUGCAAACAGUGGAGUACCAUGAUGAAGUUGCACGAACCCCGUCGCUUUGCCUCGUUCGUUGAGGGUUCACCUCAUGUGCUUGAGGAAGAGUGUUUCGAAUACGACAACCAUUAUUCGAGCCAAAGUUUACAUGACUCCGAUGAGCUGGUGGACUUUAGCGAAGAUGAGGAGGAUGAAAAUGCCUGAUCAAAACAGAGUAAUUGAUAGACUUAAACAGGCGCCACCAAACAUCGUUCGAACAGCAUCAUCCUAUUGCUCAUUGAACGUUCUACAUUGCUGUGUAUUUUUAGUAGCAGAAGCGUUUUCCACAUUUGCCAAUUUGAUCCGUUUUCUUCGAUGAAUCAAUCUGAUUGUAUUUAUAAUUCUUCAAAAAUAUCUCUCCUUUUCACUUCUGCGUAGCUAAUAUAUUUAAAAUUGUGGCUGGUGUUUUACGUUGCGUUGAUGUAUAAUUACCACGUACUUGUACUUCUGUUCUUAAAUUUAGGUUCUACACGAGAUUAUAAGACUCCUUUUUCGAAAUGUUCUCGAUUUCAUCUGUGCCGAAAGUUGUACAAAUACUGUAACCGCCAUAGAACAAUUAUUCUUUAAAUUCAAUAAAAUAU